AUGCAGCGAACCAGGAUCAGCGAAAUAUUCUCCAGCGACUCCCCCUUGGGCGAAGUGCUGGUGCAGGGCUGGGUCAAGACUCGGCGGUCGUCCCGCGCCAUCACAUUCGUGCAGGUCAAUGACGGCUCCACGCUGCGGGACCUGCAGGUGGUGGUCGACGAGGGGAAUCCGGCCUAUCCGGUCGCCAACGCCCUGUCCACCGGAUGCAGCGUCAGCGUGACCGGCGAGGUCGUUGAAUCGCAGGGAAAGGGGCAGCGGUUCGAAAUCCAGGCCCGCGAGCUUCAGCUGGUCGGCGGUGCUGACCCGGAAACCUACCCGCUGCAGAAGAAGCGCCAUACGCCCGAGUUCCUGCGUGAAAUCGCUCACCUGCGACCCCGCACCAACACCUUUGGGGCCAUGGCCCGGGUCCGCAGCGCGGUCGCCUUCGCCAUCCACUCCUUUUUCCGUGAACGGGGCUUCCAGUACAUCCAGACGCCGAUCAUCACUGCAAGCGACGCCGAGGGCGCCGGCUCCAUGUUCCGGGUAACCACACUAGACCUCAACAACCCACCCCGCCGUGAGGGCUCGGUGGAUCUUGGGGAGGACUUUUUCGGCCGGCCCACAUUUCUCACCGUCAGCGGACAGCUGGAAGCCGAAAUUUUCGCAUUGGCCCUGUCCAACGUGUACACUUUUGGCCCAACGUUCCGGGCCGAAAAUUCCAACACAUCGCGGCACCUCGCCGAGUUCUGGAUGGUGGAGCCGGAGGUCGCAUUCUGCGAGUUGGACGGGCUGGCCGAGCUGGCAGAGGACUUCCUCAAGUACAUAUUCGGCCACGUCCUCGAAAACUGCGACGAAGACAUGCAGUUCUUCAAUCGCUGGUACAACGAGGAGAUCAUCAGCACCCUCAAGGGCAUCGUCGAUUCCCGGUUCGAACGAAUCACCUAUACCGAGGCGGUCGACAUGCUCCUGCAGUCCGGGGAGUCCUUCGAGUUCCCGAUAAGCUGGGGUGUUGACCUGCAGUCGGAGCACGAACGGUACCUCACCGAAAAGCGCAUCGGCCGGCCCGUCAUAGUCACCGAUUACCCCAAGGAGAUCAAGGCCUUUUACAUGCGACUGAACGACGACGACCGGACGGUAGGGGCCAUGGACGUCCUGGCGCCGGGUAUCGGCGAGAUCAUCGGCGGCAGCCAGCGCGAGGAACGCGGCGAUGUGCUGCUGAGGCGAUUGCGGGAAUCGGGGCUGAACGAAGAGGAAUACUACUGGUACCUCGACCUGCGAAACUACGGAACAGUCCCUCACGCCGGCUUCGGAUUGGGAUUCGAGCGAACGGUGCAGUUCAUCACGGGCGUGUCCAACAUCAGGGACGUAAUUCCCUUCCCCCGGACUCCAAAGAACGCAGAGUUCUAG